AUGUUUGCGCGCGCACUCUCGCGAUUCACUGGCCUGACGGCCGCGCCCGCUUCUCUCAUGGGCUCAACGCGGCAGGUCUUCCUGCCUGCCUGCGUCCUCCCGACUCGCCACUUCUCCGCCGGGGCAGGCGGCGCCAAUCCGUUCAAGAACCAACUUCUUUUGACGCUCAGCUCCCCCUCAGAGUCCAUUUUCGUUCGCACACCCAUCCGCUCUGUCACUGUCCCAGGCAGUGAAGGCGCCAUGACGAUGACCAACGGCCAUUCCCAGACGGUUGCUCGCCUGAAGGCUGGAGAAGUCAUCGUCAGGAAAGGCGAAAGCGGAGAGGAAGUCGAGAGAUUCUUCCUCAGCGACGGCUUCGUGCUCUUCAAAGGCCCCGAAGAUGACAGCGGAUGCUGCACCGCGGAGGUCCUCGGUGUUGAGAUCGUCCCGGUCAGCCUCCUCGACAAGGAGAGCGCCACCGCGGCUCUGCAAGAGCUCCUGCAGCAGGGCGCUGGCGCUGCGGACGAGUGGACGAAGGCACGGACUCUCCUCGGGCAAGAGCUUCUGGCGGCUGUUAUCCGCUCGGCACCGUAG